ACAGCAUCAAAAUGUUCAAGAUCGCGCUAAUCAUUUCCCUGUUCCUGGUUGCCGUCACCCGAGCUGCAGAUGAAUCACAGGCCGAGAUCACCAAGUAUCAGAAUGAGAUCAAUCCGGAUGGCACCUACAGCUGGGAGUUUGGGACCUCCAAUGGCAUCGAUGCCCAGGAAAGUGGAGUGGGAGGAGUUCAAGCGGCUGGAUCCGUGAAAUAUAAUGCUCCCGACGGAACACCCAUCCAGCUGGAGUACACCGCCGAUGAGAACGGCUAUCGUCCCACCGGAGCCCACCUGCCCACGCCUCCUCCCAUUCCAGAUUACAUCCUCAAGGCUCUAGCCUACAUUGAAGCCCAUCCCUUCAAGAGAAUCCAGCUGAAGAAGUAGUCAAUAUACAUAAGAUUUAGAUUUAAUAUAGCCAAAUUUGUUAUACAAAAUAAACUACAUAUAAGUAAACAA